AUGAGUACGUGGAAGUUCGACGACUUUGAGAUUGGGGCUUCUUUAGGCCGUGGUAAGUUUGGCCGAGUUUAUCUAGCCCGUGAAAAAGCCUCCGGCUUUAUUGUUGCCUUAAAGAUCUUACUUAAAUCCGAAAUAACCAACUCUAAUGCUACAAAACAAGUAAGACGCGAAAUAGAAAUUCAAAGUCAUCUCCAACACGAGAACAUCUUAAGACUCUACGGCUACUUCUAUGACGAUCUUCACGUGUAUAUAAUCCUAGAGUAUGCAGCCAAAGGUGAAAUGUUCAAAUUACUCCAACACAAGAAGCGAUUUACUGAGCCAGAAGCCGCCAGAUACAUUGCUCAGAUGGCCAGAGCCUUACAGUACAUCCAUAGUAAAAACGUCAUCCAUCGUGAUAUCAAGCCAGAAAAUUUACUGAUAGGAGCUGACGAUCGACUUAAAGUCGCUGAUUUUGGAUGGGCUGUGCAUAAUAUAGAUAGUAAAAGAUAUACUUUUUGUGGAACCAUGGACUAUCUUCCACCAGAGAUGGUUUGUCAUCAAAAGCAUGAUAAGGCCGUUGAUCUUUGGGGAGUUGGAGUUUUAGCGUAUGAGUUCUUAGUUGGGCAUCCACCGUUUGAAACGCAAGGAAGUACAGAGGAGACAUUCAAAAGAAUCAAGUCAGUUACUUUUGCCUGUCCUUCUUAUCUCUCCAAUGCGUGUAAGGACUUUAUUAGUCGGUUACUAGUACGGGAGCCAGAGAAGAGACUGACAGUCGACCAAAUCCUCACCCAUCGCUGGAUCAAAAACAAUACCAAAGGAUUAGAUUGA